GUAAGAUAUUUUCAACAGAUUGUUAUAAAAUUACUUAAGCUGAUUUUCCUUUCCUUGUUUCUUCAGGGUGGCCCUACCCACCAUGUAGCAAUGGCCCUGGGAAAUUGGAGCACAGUGACUGAAUUCACCCUGAUUGCCUUCCCACAUCUCCUGGAGCUUCGGCUAUUCCUCUUUGUACUUCUCUUGUUGACCUACACAUUAACAGCAAUAGGAAACAUCAUCAUCAUCUCCUUAAUAUGGACUGAUAAUGGCCUGCAAACCCCAAUGUACUUUUUCCUCAGUAAUUUGUCCUUUUUAGAUACCUUAUACACCACUGUCAUUACCCCAAAAUUGCUAGCCUGUCUCCUAGGAAAGAGGGCCAUAUCCUUUGCUGGCUGUAUCACACAAACAUAUUUCUACUUCUUCCUGGGGACAGUGGAGUUCAUCCUCUUGGCUGUCAUGUCCUUUGACCGCUAUGUGGCCAUCUGUAACCCCCUGCGCUACAACAUCAUCAUGAACAGUAGAGUCUGCCUCAUAUUGGUUCUGAGCUGUUGGAUGGGAGCCUUCCUUUCUGUGUUGGUACCAACUAUUAUAGUGACAAGGCUACCUUACUGUAACAAAGAAAUUAAUCAUUUUUUCUGUGACAUUGCUCCUCUUCUGCAGGUGGCCUGUAUAGAUACUCGCCUCAUUGAGAAGAUAAACUUUCUCCUAUCCGCCCUUGUCAUCCUGAGCUCCCUGGCAUUCACUACUGGGUCCUACAUCUACAUCAUUUCUACCAUCCUACGCAUUCCCUCUGCCCAAGGCCGUCAAAGAGCUUUUUCUACCUGUGCUUCUCACAUAACUGUCGUCUCCAUUGCUUACGGGAGCAACAUCUUUGUGUAUGUGAGACCCAAUCGGAACUAUUCUUUGGAUUUUGACAAGAUAGCUGCUGUCCUCAUUACAGUGGUGACCCCUCUUCUGAAUCCUUUUAUUUAUAGCUUGAGGAAUGAAAAGGUAAAGAAAGUGCUAGAGACAAUGAACAGAAUCACGUCCUUGAUACUCUGGAGAACUUGA